GCAGGUAGCAUGAACUGGGACCAGUAACUGGGACCAGUUGGACCAUGGGCAGCAUCAGGAGCUUCAUGGUUCUGCUGGUUCUGAGCUUCCAGAGCAUUUCUUCAAAAAGAGUCGCCCGGGUGACGUGUGUUUUCAGCCAGAGCUGCGUUUUGCCCUGCAGCGACUCCAGCAGCUCUGAUGUCAUCAACUGGAGCCGCCUGACACCUGCAGACGGCACCGUCCACUGUUACUAUGGCAACCAGGACCAGCUGGGUCAACAGGACCAGAACUUCAGAGGCAGAACGUCUCUGUUCACGGAUCAGAUCUCCAGAGGAAACGCCUCCCUGCUGCUGACAGGGGUCAAAGUUCAGGAUGAGGGAACCUACAGGUGCAACACCAGCGGAAAUAAACUGGUUUUUAUUCACCUGAGAGUCGAAGGUGGGAUUUAA